UACAUCUUUGAACAUCGUCCAAGUUUUCAACAAUCCUUUGUCAUUUAAAUCCCAUCUGGCUAUGCAUUUUUUAAAGUGCGAAAGUUCGCUGGUUACUAUGAGUUAUAAAAGAAAACAACACAGCUUCAACUAGUUAAAGACUUGCAAAGCCAUUACGCAGCUCACGACCUUGUUUCAGGACAAGUUAACGCCCACUGAUCGUCGGUGACAUCAUCCAAGGCCAUCGUUACACGUCACUCUUUUUACUACGUCACACACGUACAUCACAUGCAAUGCUAACUAGCUGUGUAGAUGAACAAGUCCAAAACUACACAACCAUCAACAUGUUUCGAUUCAAGUUCUUUGAUUCAAUCUUACAUCAGUUUGAAAUUUGAACAACUUGACUCAAAAUACUCCUUUGAUUCCAUCAGUUUUACUUAGCGCGAUAAACAUCCUCCCGCCACACCAAAAAAACUUAGCGAGGCAGAAGAAAGCACGGCAAAUGGAGACGAAAUGGAAUCAAGGUAAGAUGCCAAUGACCAGCACUUUAACGUCAAUGGGGAUAUUACCAUCAGCGGAUAAUGUGAGAAAGAAAACUAAAAAGGUACCUGAUGCAUCUCACGGUUUGAAAUUUGAAUCAAAAUUGUUGACGUUGUUUUGCAUCCGAGCCCUUGAGGCCGGUUGUAAGUUUGAAGUGACCAAAGAAAGGGAAGACCUAGGCGGUAAAUUUGAUGACGUGAUUUUCCGAUAUCUAGUCGUGGACGAUACGCUUAACGGUAAACCUUGGCGCUAUCGCUACCUGCAGGCCAAACACAGGCAGGAAGAGUCAUUCAAGAUAAAUGGGACUCACCUCCUCGAAGACAAUGAAAAGGGCCAUUUCAGCUUACCAAAAUAUUUCCGUUCUUUCUGCAAGAUGAGAACGAGAUGCGAAGACAUUCAUGACUGCAUCCUUUGCACAAACGGUGGUUUUGAUUUGAAGGAUGUCCAGGAAAAAGGCAUCGAGUUGGUGUCGAUUAACGACCAACCUGAAGACAUUUUAGAAUUUGGUCCGCAACAAAAGACAGCUCGUUAUAAACUGGAGUUCUCAAAAGAGUUACGAGGAAAAGCGUUAUGCGAUUGGUCAGACAUAGAUCGUCUUGCCAAACAGUUGCAAGUCUGCGCGCAAGAUCAAACAACAACUGAUAUAAGAUCCGGAGUCUUUAGCAGCUAUCACUUAGCUCUAGUCAAUGAACAUGUCAUUGAUUCUGCUACCAAAACGUUCCAUGUAGACUUCUUGAACAACGCUGAGGAUCUGUCAAACGGUGCCCAACAUCUUCGCCAAACCAUCAGCAAUUUAGCGGGGUAUGACUGGAAAAAGUGGAAAUUCGAAUUGAGUAACACAUUCGGAAAAAGCCAAACGUCUGCUGAAAUGGAAAACUGUCUACCGUUAAAAAUCACUGAGGCAGAUAUUGAUACAUACCUUGAUAAAGUCGUAUUUGUGGUGAAUAUGCCAAACGAAAAGGAAUUUGAAGACAUUUUACAAGUUGAAGAUGUGAAUAAGUACUACCCUCGUGAAGAAUGCUCCAUACAAACAGUCCGUUUGUUACACGAAAUGUCAGCUAAAUUCUCGAACAAGGUAAUGGGCUAUUGGUUAACAUCAGAAGAUGCCAAGAAGAUCCUAUUAGCUGGUGUUACAAAUGUCUCACAACAAUAUCAAGAAGAACUUGAAAACGAUAUGGCGUUCAACGAAGUGGCGAAACAAGACAUGGCCGUUAAACUAAAAGAUUUGCUUGCUAAUAAUGAAAGAAUUGAACGAAUUAUUACCCGAUCACCGAAGCAUACAGCUGUUAAAGUCGUUUCAGCCAUUCACAAGCUGGCGGAGUACAACAGGAAUGGAAGCUUUUUGGUGGUGACACUGAGUAGUCUAGAAGACAAGGAACGUUGGAGAAACAUUUUGAAAUUAAAAACAGAUUCUCACCAUCUUCUAAUUGUCGUUUGCGAUAAAGAAACACCUGAUCCUUGUGAUUAUGCAGAUCUUGUUCCGCAUGAUCAAAUAAACAACAAAAUAAUGUUCAUAUGUCGUGACAGAACUGCCGGAAUGAUGGACGAAAUCACUUACGCAGAUAUGAGUGAGAAAUUCCAAAAUGCUAUCCUGCAGAAAACAAUUUCGUUCCAAGGGACAAAGUUAACCGUGGAUGAGCUGGUUGUAAACGAACCGGACAAAGUCAUUGAUUGCCUUUCUAUAGAAGAGUUGCUGCUCCAGGAGAAAAAAGAAAUCAACAUUCCCCAACCGGACACAUACGACGAAGAAUCUGUAUAUAUCAAAAGGUGGUUGACGAUUGCAUUUAACGAAGCUUUUGAUACCAAAUUAGCAAAUCGCUUAAACUGUACGAUAGAUGAGCUCCACUAGAAAUGCAGAAUCACUGCGCAAGGUGAAAUUAAAUGGUUAGUCACAGACUACAAUCGUAAAUCCAUAUGGAAAGAAAUUAAAAAUCUUACGGAUGAAGGAAUGUCUUCAAACGCCAUCGAAGAGAGCCAACUCAUUCGUUUGGAGGAGGGAAGGGAACGAUUGCCCAUUGUUAUCAUAUCCGGUGUGGCUGGAACAGGCAAAUCAACUAUCCUUUCCCAUUACUACAUAAAAAUGAAACAAGCAAAACCAGACCACUGGAUCAUUAGAAUCAAUCUAGUAGAGCACCAAACCGCUUUCCCACAAUUAGUAACAAUUUCUGAAAACGACGCCGUUGAUUUCUUUGUCAAACAGUUGCACAUCGUUGCAAAUGACAGCCCAUUUUCUCGUUCAUUAUUGAGGCACCGAAUAAAAACGGGAAAGAGAAUUGCUUUCAUGUUUGAUGGCUUCGAUGAAAUCAGCCAUGAUUGCCAACAGAAAGUGAUUCGUUUGAUGAAACUACUCGCCAACAAGAAAACGAUU